GGUUUUAUGAGAAGGUGAAAAAAAGAGGCAGAAGUAAGAGAAAGAAGAAAGAGAAGAAAAAGAAGAGAUAAAUACACGGGAAAAAGAAAGAGGAGUGGAGGAUUAAAAAGAAGGCAAAAUAUAAACGUAUAGAGGGAGGAAAGAGGAGGAGGAAGCAGAAGAUGAAAUAAAAAGGAGAAGAAGAGCAACAACAAGAAGAAGGCAAAGUGGAGGAACCAGUUCCAGGGUUCAACAGUUGGGUCGAAGGUGGUUAAAGUCUUAGUGAACUUGAUCAGUGUUACCUCUACACACAUCGAACGAGAGAGAAUAAACCCCCGCCUUUAAGCACUGAGGCAAGCAGGAGCAGCAGCAGCAACAGCAGCCUCCCUGCAAAAGAUUCAAGAACGAGAGAAGAGCAAUAUACACACUGCAGUGUGUUGUAGAAAGAAAACGUCGUUUAUUUCAAACUGCAAAGAGAGGCCUUUGGAUUUUGCCUUUGGUCUUUGCCACAGCAUCACACUCAUCUCUCUCACUUGAGAGUUGAGAGAAUAUUCUCUAUAAACGUAUCCUCAUAUUCUCAUCAUCAACGCAACAUUCGUCAUCAACUUUAUCAUCAUUAUCAUCAAAAUCAUCAAAACUCAUCAAACUCAUCAAUUUCUGCUUCUUCUUCUUCUUCAUUCUUAUCGUUCAAAAUUAAGGAAUUAUUGGAAACAGAGGAGAAGAUGAAGGACAAAACGAAAGACACAAUUUUGGUACCACCGGAUGGCGGAUGGGGAUGGGUGAUUCUUACGUCCGCCGUUUUAGUGAACGUCCUAAUUCCCGGGACCGUUAAAUCAUUCGGUGUACUUUUUGUUGAGUUCCUCGAAGUUUUUCAAGCUUCACCGACAACAGCUUCCUGGAUGCCUGCACUCUGCUAUUUCCUCUACAGUUCCCUUGGACCGUUGUCGAGUGUCCUGUCAAUGAAGUAUUCCUACAAAACUGUGACAAUGGUCGGCGGAGCGUUCGCAGCAUCCGGAAUGAUGUUUAGCUAUUUCGCCACUUCUGUGCCAUAUUUGUAUGUCAGUUAUGGAAUUAUGGUUGGAAUCGGGGCAGGUUUAACGUGUCCUGUCAGCGUCUACAUAGUGACGGAGUAUUUUCAAAAAUAUCGGGGAUUCGCGAACGGAAUGUGCAUCUCCGGCAGCUGCUUCGGCGCUAUAAUCCUGCCGCCUCUUUUGCAGCAUCUUCUCAACACUGUCGGCUACAGGGGAGCCGUGCUGAUAAUGGGAGCGAUAACGCUAAACAGUGUACUCUGUGGACUCCUCUAUCAUCCAGUGGAGCGGCACAUGAAAAGAAUACCCAUCACUUCGGAAAAAUGUGGAGUCGACAAUAAAGCUCUAACACUUGACGAAUCAUCAGCAGACAUCACUCAAUCGACUAACGAAGAAAAUGCAAAACAAAUCUCAAAUCAAUCAAUUAUUUCAGCAGAUAAAAUAAAUCCAACAAUUAGAGAAAAAGAUCUGAACAAUAAAUCACUUCAACUGGAUAGGGUUAUCAAUUCAGAGGAAUUAAUUCUACAACCAGAGAAAUUAGACAAUAAAUGGUGUCUCCAAUUGAAUCAAAAUCAAUCAAUCUCGAUUGAAGUGCCAAUGGAGCGUUAUCGUAAAAUUUCCCGAGCCGAGGAUAAAUUUACCGAUAGUACAACAAGAAUAACCAAAACAAUUGAAAUGUCAACUAGUCAAAUGAAUGAAAUUAAUCGUGAGAAUUCUUUUUUUACUGCCAGUGCACAGGAGAAAUUCACCUCAUUACCAAUUGACGACACUCCAAAAUCACGUGUACCAAGAAUAUUUAAAAGCUUAUGCUCCAAACAAUUUGCCAGCAAAAAAAAUUACAAUGAUGAAAAAUCAUGUGAGGCGAAUUUUGAUCCUGAAAAACAGGAUUUGCCGAAAAAGAAGAAAUUCUUUGAUCUCAGUAUACUUAGGGAUCCAAUAUAUCUUGUUAUUUUAAUAUCAAAUUCAACAUCAGCAAUAAGUAAUACAAAUUUUAUGAUUUUAUUACCAUCCUAUGCAAUUGCUGAGGGUUUCGAUAAGAAUUCAGCAGCACUAUUAUUAUCAAUUGUCUCGGCAUUGGAUCUUAUUGGAAGAAUUGGUGGCGCAUCAUUGUCGGACAUUAAUUUUAUUCCAAAAUAUUAUUAUUUUGUUGGUGGUCUUGGUGUUAGUGGUAUUGCACUUGCACUAUUGCCAAUGUUCUCUAGUUAUCGAAUGUUAUCAUUUUUUUGCGGUCUCUUUGGAAUAUCGUCGGGUACAUACAUUGGAAUAACGACAGUUGUACUUGCUGAUAUGUUGGGAGCCGAUAGAUUGAGUUCCUCCUAUGGUAUUGCAUUGUUUGUCAAUGGUGUUUUACAAUUACUUGGACCACCGAUACUUGGGAGUAUUUACGAACAAACGGGAACUUAUAAACCAAUAUUUCUCGCAUUGGGAAUUAUUCUUAUUUUGGGCACAUCAUUGUGGGCGAUUGUGCCAAUUGUCAAGAGAAGGAAAAACAAGGAAGUGGAGGAGAAUUAAUUUAUUAAUAUAGUGUCGAAUUUUUAUUUACCCCAGAAGGGGGGGACUUUUAUUAUGUUCCCAUGAGGAGAUUUCAUUUUUAGUAUGAAACUUGACUUUAAUGAAUAUUUAAAAUAGGGAAAAUGAAAUGAUAAUGUGAAGUGACGGUAGAAUGGCGUCUUUCGAAUGUUUCGCCCGCAGUCGGUAAGGUAGAUUGCGCUACUAACUGACAUUGUUAAACAACAGCGAAUUUCAUCCGAAAAAUCGUAAAACUAAUUUUUUAAUAAUUUAAUUUUUAAUUAAGUUUCUUAAAUCUCGUGAAAAAUACUCCACAGAAUUCCAUAUAUAUAUAUAAAGCAAUUUCUUUCUAGAGAAACAUUUUUAUUUGCAUUUAUAGAAAGAAAAUUUUUCCCUUUUUUGUUUUUCAUAUUUAGUUUUAAGGACAUAUUAUUAUAUCACUACAGACUUUAAAGUACCUGCCCCAAGUUUAUUUUCUUCGGACGAUAUACUAAGUUGUAGACGAAUUUUCCUUUCUAGACUGAAAAACAAGUAUUUUAAAAAAAUACUUUUUUUAAUCAACAUCUUGCUCAGCCUUUUUUUUUAAAUAAAUAGAUUCCUCAAUUUUUUUAAUUUUAAUUAUAUUGUGAGUGUAAACAAUUUUUAUCUUUUUAGGAAAAAAGAAAUAAUUUUUACUUUAAUAUUAAUUUUAGUCAAUAUUGACUUUUAUGACAAUUUUUAACGUUGUUAUUAAUAUCUAAUUAAUUUACAAGUGAAAUUAAAUAGUUGAAAUUACAAAUAAUUUAUAAUAAAAUUGAAUGUUAGCUUAAGUUUUAUUGAAUUAAAUUUUAUUUUUGGUUAAUAUUUAGGAAUGGUGCGAUAAUAAUUAUAAGAUAAAUAAUGAGAGUAGAAUUUAUUUUUGUGGUAGAUUUAAUUUAAAUAAAUUAAUUAACUUCUUAAUCAUGUUUAGUUUAAGUAGAAAAUAUUAUAAAGACAGUAAUUCAGUUAGUAGACGAAAUUUAAUAAAAUAAAAUAAAAAACAUAUUUUUUUAUUAAACUUUGUAAGCGAUAUAUUUGUAAUAAUUAUCAACAACAAAGGUACUCAUUGUAAGACUUGUGAAUUAAAACUUUUUAUAUAAAAA